AUGCAAGAUACCGCCCCACGACAGCCUAAGCUACGAGCAAGCUGCGAUCAAUGUGGCUCUGCGAAACUAAAGUGUGAUCGUCGACGUCCGUCUUGUGGCCGUUGUCAACAGUCAUACCUGCAGUGUGUGUAUGGAAUCAACCGGAGAACGAAUAAGAAGUCGACCUACAAGAACACGGAGGGUGCUACCCAGCGCUCGUCCCCUGAAGGAAUGGGAGAACUUGGUCCGAGCCAAGAUAACCCCCAAUACGAUUAUGGAAAACAAGAUGUUGAUAGUCGAUUGGAUAUGGAUUCGUUUCUGGGUCCAUUGAUCGUGCCAGACAACACUACUCUCGAUCUUGCGCAUAUUUGCAGUACUGGAGCAAUGCCAACGAUUGAGCAAUUCAGCAAUCUGGAUAUCGAUGUCUGGGAUCUUACAGCUACAUUCGAGAAAGAUUGCGAGACAACACUGCUAAGGACUUUGACAGAGACUAAGGACGUCUCCGAACGACUGCACUUGAGCACUACCACUUCGCCGCCUCAUUCUACUUCCAUACAUGACUGCCACAGGGAUGCAUGUCUUGUAUUCGAAAGUGUCUCUCACCUAAACGUCGAAAACGUCGGCGAGAUCCAAGCAGACGUUAGACCAGGAGCAACUUCAAGACCUCAAGCACCUCUGGAUCAUGUUCUCAGGAUCAACAGAGCCGCCUGUGAGAGCCUCAUCCGGCUGCUCGAAUGUCCAUGUGCAAUAUCACCACACUUGGCUUUACUUUAUGCAUCUAUAUUAUCGAGAGUCCUUAUUUGGUACCAGGACGCCAUAGGGUGCGCUACAAGCACACCAAUCAUUCCCCUCUCCACCGGAAAAAGUCCACCAACAUCGCUGUACACUCGCUAUCUAUCAACAUCAUCGUCAUCAUCAUCCAUGAACAAUUUGGCCGACUCCGCCUUCGCAGGACACACGUUAGAUAGUUCUGAAUCUUCAGGGUCAAGUGAAACCUGCCCUUCCUCUAAACGGAAUCCAAGCAUACCUGCCUGGGCACAAGAAGUGGCACCAACACGGAUCUUCAUGGGUACAUUCGAAAUUGAUGAUCAGUACGUCCAAGCAGACAUGAACAAAUAUAUGAUUGCAAGCGAGAUUACGAGAGCUAGCGCUGUUAUAGAUGCCUUUGCUACACGUGGAGGAAACAGCACAGACGAAGCAUGCUUAGUCGGAGAAGUCGACAGUUUAUACAGGAGCUUGAGUGCUUGGCUUCGUAUGCAGCUCUCAAAAACAGUGGAUCUCACCAAACCUAAUCUUGGCAGGUAG